AUGCGAACAUUGGAUGAGCAACGUUGCAUUCAUAAAGCGGAAAUUGAACGUCUCAGUCGUUCCAAUCAACUUCAAUGCGACAAUUUAGAUAAUAAAUUAGCGGAAGCAGAAAAAUGUGUGGAAGAAUUGAUUCGAGAUAAGAAAAAUCUUGAAAUAACACUAAGUAAAGAUACAAAUGAAAAAGUUGCAGAGCUAUCGAAAGAAAUUAGCAGUUUAAAUACGGCAUUGGAAAUUAAAUCAACCGAAAUUAAAACAUUGCGACAUUCGAAUGCAAAAUUGCAGCUGAAAGUGGAAGAGAUUCCAUUGAAAGAUAUCGAAAUAAGCAAAUUAAAACAUCGUGUUCGUGAGCUAAAAAUAUUGGUGGAUCAAAAAACUAAUACAGAAAAAAUUUUGGCAUCGAAGUUUGAAGAGUUACAACGUUCUGCACGUAAUCAAGCAGUAAUGUCUGAAUCGAUGCUAAAAGAGAAUGAUUUAUUGCGGUACAAAAUUGAGGAAAUGGAAUCGUCAACAUCGGAGGGAGAGCCAAAUACUGGAAAAAUUGAUUAUGCGAUAAAAUAUCACACACCGCAAUCUGUAAAUGUUUCCUCGACUCGUUUAUGUCAAACUGAACGACGUCCACCAACUUCAAAUACACCGCAUCGAUCUUCACAAUCACGUCGUGAUGUAAUGACUCGUUCGGUUAUUUCAUUAUAUCUCGAACAGGGACGGAAUCAAUUUACCAAAGAAAAUAUUGAUACCAUUUAUGCACCGGAAGGAACAUUUAUUGCAAAAGAUCGCGGUUGCUCACAAAGGUUAUCUUUUGAUGAUGCGCAUGAUGCAGAUGAUGAAGGAACUCCUCGUCUUAUUCGGACAAACGAGCAAUCACCAGUUUCUGGAAAUAAUAAUUAUCAUGAAGCAUCAAGACCAGCGAGCACUGUGCUGGACAAUGGUAUAUCAGUUUGA